CUCAGCUAAGUUUUGUUUAUAAAUACGGGCCUUUUUAUUAUUAAUUGAAUUAAUUCUUUUAAAAAUGGACAAUGAUUGGGAUAUAGAAUGCUCAGAUGAAGAGUUAAAGGAUUGUAAGGGACCGUGGGAACCCAAACCAGAGGAAAUAGACCGUUUGUAUACAAUGUUAGAAAAUGGUGAAAGUCAAGAAUUAUAUUGGAAAUGCCCGGGCUAUCGUUCACCUUCUCCGGAAAUAACUGAAGAACCAGAGGAUGACAAUGAAUCUAAAGAACCAGAAGAACCCACCGAUUUUGAUUUUAUGGAUGAAGUAACCUCCCCAAAAUUGAAAAUUCGUAAUAAGGGUGAAGAAACCCUUAAAGGAAGUGCUAAAAAGAAGACUGCAUCUUUAGAUGGGGUUCUGAGCAAUAUGAGAAGACAUAAUUUACUACCAUCUAAGAAGAAAUCAUAGCAUAACGGAAAUAAUUUUAAGAUUAAUUUUCUUUUAAUUCCUGAUACCUAAUAUGGGGUACAAAACAGUGUAAGAAACUUUCUGAAAAUAGGAUGCUUUCCUAUAAUAGGAAAGACAAAUGUGGAAUAGGAACCUCUAGGCUAUUAAAUCUUCAGUCAAGAUACCUAUUUAAAAUUACCAGUUAAGAAGUUCAAACAUGUGUUAAUGGCGGUCACAAUGGCUUCUCAAUUUACUGAAGACGGCAAAUAUUUUGCUCAAAUAACCACAGAUGGAAAACUAAAAAUAUGGAAUACAUUUUCAAAUACGUUCGAACAAGAAUUUACCCCAGAUUUUCACUUGACGUCACCCUGUACUUGUUUACAUUUCAUUCAAACUGAUUUGUUCAAAUACAAGGCGGGUUCACCGAAAAAGAAAAAACGGCGGGAUUCAGAAUCUACCAUUAGUCCUAAGGUAGUUCUAGGUACGACAUCAGGUGUCCUAUUGUUAUAUUCAAUUAAUAGUGCAAGUUUAGAAUGUACUAUCAACAGCGAGACCAGUCAGGCUAUAAGUUGUAUUUCUACAGUGGACCAAAAUAUAAUUUAUUCAGGUUCAGAUCAGAAUGUACUUGUUUGGAACAUUCAAAAGAAAAAGAUGGUCAAAAAUUGGAAGGUAGGAAAUGAAAAACUAACGGCUAUAUUAGCCAUUCCAGAAAGUAACCAACUAUUAACUGCAGCAAAAAAUGUAAAACUAUGGGAUAUAGAGGCAAAGGAAGUACUAAGGACAUUUACUGGACACAAAUCAGAAGUUACAUUUCUACACUUCCUUUGUCCCCAAUCAUCAGGUGAAUCAUAUUUCAUUUCUGGCUCUAGGGGUGAUAGAACAUUGAGUUGUUGGAGUUUAAGCAGCAAUUCUUCUGAUAAAACUGCAAUUGCUAAUUUUUUAAUGGAAGAUAUUACACAUAAUGUUUCUGUAAAUGUAGCCAGUGAUGGAUCUACAAAUAUGGCUGCCACUGUAAGAAGUGGAGUGGUGCAUAUCUAUAAGCAAACAUUGAAUGGAAAAUCUGGAAAACCUGUGAAACCAAAAACAACUAUACAAGUAGUUUCAGACACUGGUCAAAGUAAAGAUACAGUCAUUCCUAUUAGAAUUGUGGGUGCUGUUUACAGAGAUGAUGACACAAUUUGCAUAGGACAUGGCUCAGAAAUUCUACUUACCUUUGAGAAUGUGGUAUUAGAUACCAGUAAAAAACUACAGUGCCUGGUGAGACAAGAUCCUCGCAGUCUAAAGUCGUCCAAACAAGAUCAAGUAACUAAAACCAUAACACCAAUAGUAGAUGAUAAUGUCCAAUAUUUAACCUCUGAAACCUCUAAAAUUACAACUAAAAGGAAAAUCGAUGGAAAACUUGAAGUACCAAUGGAAAAAAGAUUAGAAAAUCUAACUUUAGGUAAAACAGAAGGUAGUAAAGUACCAACUGCAGAUAGUGUAGCUAAUCUGAUGAUACAGGGAUUGCAUAGUAAAGAUAAGAAAAUACUGAAGACAGUUUUAUAUCAAAAAGAUGAAGAGGUUAUAAGGAACACAGUGAAAAGGUUGCCCAUAACCGCUUUGGUUCCUUUACUACAAGAACUUAGUAAUUACAUUCAAGGAAAGACUUUAUCGAGUCAAGUUGGUUCAUUGUGGUUAAAAUAUAUCCUCCAGGUGCAUUCUGGAGUAUUAAUGUCAAACCCCGAUUUACCAGAAAUGUUUAGCUCUUAUAUGGGUAGUAUAGAAACAAGACUGUCCUUACUAGCACCGCUAAAUAGGCUAAAAGGAAGGUUGGACUUGCUGUUACCUCAAGUAACUGGUGCUUCAAAGCAAGACUUAAGCGAAAACGAGAAACCUUUGCUCAUUUAUAAUGAUAAGGAUUCAAGCGAUUCAGAAGAAGAGGAAGACAUUCAAAUGGACGCACAAUCGGAAAGUGCAAGUGAAUGGGAAGAAGAAAGUGACAUUGAACAGAUCAAAGAAAAUCAUGUGGAUCAUAAUUCUGAUUCUAAUGAAUCAGAAUCGGAAGAGAUGUCUUCGUAAGAUGCCUUUAUUAAUUUUUUUUAAUUUGUUGUAAA